AUGUCUGAAGCACCGCACAUCGAACUCAACACGAGCGACUUCCCCGACCUCGAUCCAUCUGCACCAUCGAACCUGGACAGCUACAGCAACGGUACCAGCACUACUGCCAACGGAGGCAACACUGUAGAGAGCACCAAGAACAGCGUCGUGGACACAGCACGAUCAGCCAUGGACUCCGUCGCCAGCCACCCGGCCACCCAGCAGGCCAAGGAUACCAUCAACAAUGGACCCAUUGCGCAGAGCGUCAAGGCCGAGGGGACAAAGACGAAGAAUGACCUCGCCGGGCUCGCCAACUCUCGCGUCACCCCGGAGCAGCCCGCUGCUACCGGCCAGCCUUUGACUCACUACCACUCCCUGUUCUAUCGCCUCUUGAGCUGGAAAAACCCCCGCGCGACUGCCAUCGCUUUCGCAGCUUCCGUGCUGUUCAUCUUUGCCGCCCGCUACAUCAACAUCCUCCGAUACACCUUCAAGGGCAUUUACAUCGUUCUGGGUGUGAGCGCGGCUACCGAGAUUGCCAGCAAGAGUGUGAUUGGCAAUGGCAUCGUCUCUCAGAACCUGAGGCCGCGCAAGUACUUCAUGAUCCCAAAGGCUUCGCUCGAACGCGCUCUCGAUGAUGCUGAGCAGUUCAUCAACUUCUUCGUUGUUGAGGCCCAGCGAAUCAUCUUCGCUGAAAAUGUCUACGUUACCGUCGGGGCUUUCUUCUCUGCCUUCAUCUCCUACUUCUUGAUCAAGUUCGUCCCACUCUGGGGUCUCUCACUCAUCACCACCUCGGUUGCCUAUCUCGCCCCGCUUGUUUACAUCAAGAACAAAGACGCUAUCAACGCCCAGCUUCAGCAGGCCAGCCAUAUUGCCAACCAGCAAGCCCAGCAGAUCAAGGACCUUGCAGCCACCCACACCGGAAACGCCGCCAAGACCUUCCAGAGCUACGCCGGAGAGUACUCCCACAAGGCCCAGUCCACGAUCAACCAAUACCGCGGCCGGUCUACGUCCCCCGAGAUCGUCAAGAAGGAGGACUUCCCCACCGCCCCCAAGGACACGCCAAUCCCAACCACCGAGCACACAGCCCCGGCCCCGGUCGCCGAGCCCGCGUUCUAA